GCGCAAAUGGCAUACACCUGAGUCCCGUGUAUCCGUGAGUGCGCACUGCACGCAGGAGACCACAUUCGGUAGGCUGGGUGCGCUUGCAGGGUUCGGGAGAUAAUGGCAAGGGUUCUGCACAACUCUAACCCAUCAAGUCCAAACAAAUCGCCACGUUAUGGACAACGAAUUAUAUUCACAGGUCCUGACGGAGUAGGUGAUUAUAGAACCAAGCAACAGGACUUCCCUAGAUUCAUAGGAAUCGGCCCGUUAUCUCCCGAAAGCACCGGAGACCUAAACUACCUGUUCCGCGCUGCCCCGAGCGCCCCGCCGCCCUUGCCGAAGCACUGCUAUGUUGGCGGUGUGGGCUGGGGCGUGCAGUACUGCGGUGCCCUGAACGGCAGAACUCUGCUCAGUGAUAACCGAUUUAAGCGUGGUGAAUUUCGCUCAGCAGUGGAAGACAGAAUAACUCACAGAUUCCAGAAUCCAUGGUUUGUGCCGCCUCACGUUCUGGACAGGCAGGCCAUGGGCGCCCGAGGCCGGCAAGCAUGGACCCACAGCCUCUAUGAUAACUACUGCCAAGAGGAAAAUCAAGAGUUCCGGCAGCUGAACAGGAAACGCUAUGCCCAGAGAAAGGAGAUUGGUAGGCCGUCAUCCCAGCCCAGCAGCGUGGUCCUCCCUCAGAUAGUCGCCAGCAGAUAAGCAAAAGGAAAAGCUAAGCAGACCCAGCUUCACCAUGGCGAUAAACAAAGAUGCUUCUGUGUAGGAAUCAAAUAUCAAAAUAUACAGUUUCACAAACCUUUCCUGUGUGUUCAAUUUUUGGGCCACAUAGAAAUAAAUGAGUUC